UGCGCGCGGCGGGCGCGGGGCCGAGAUGGCGCCGGCGGAGCGCGGCCCCGGGCUGCGCUCCCCCAGCAGCGCGGAGCUCUCCGAGGUCAUCUUCAACAACCGCAGCCCGCGCUCCGUGCUGCCGCUCUGGGUGGAUUUCGAGGGCAAGCUGCGCUCCUACCCCGUGCUGCAGCCGCGCACCGGCCGCCUCAUGCGCAGCUACCGGGGUCACCUCUGGCUGUUCCGGGACGCGUGGACAAACGAUGGGCUCCUGGUGAACCGGCAGGAGCUGCUGGUGGUGGCUCCGGACGUGCGCACGGCAGACAUCACCCUGCCAGUGUUCACCCUGAAGCAGAGAUGUCUCCAGGUGGUUCGCAGCCUGGUCAAGCCCGUGGACUACAGGAAGCUGGACAUUGUUUGGUCACUGUAUGAGGAGCUGGAGGAUCAUCCUGACGUUGGGAAGGACCUCCAGAGGCUUUCCCUGGAGAGAAGCGAGACGCUGAAGAACGGAGCUGUGGAGCAGGGUCGGUGACCCCAGGCUGCAGAGCAAAGCUUGGAUUGAGCAGGGAUGGUGCCCACCAAACGUGCCCAGAGCUGCUGCCUGUGUUGUAAGUCCUGCAGCGCAGACUCAGGCUGUGGGGAGCUCGCUGCCCUGGUAGGGCAGAUCCAAAGGACUCAGCAGCCUGGAGAAGUGCUCCAGGUCCCUGCUGCUCCCCUGCUGCUCCCCCUCACCGUGGCUCCAGAGGCCUGGCGUGGGCCAGGCUCAGAGUUUUAUUUGGGCCAUCCCUGAACACUUGCUGGGGCCAUGUCAUCAGGCCAUCUCUUGGGAGAGCACACACACAGAUCAGUUUGCUUUGUGCUGGAGGGGAUUCCUUUGCUCCAGGUGCAGUCAGAGGCCAGCAGCAGCUUGGGCUGA